CCUUUCCUUCCCUCUCACUUCUUCCUCCUACCCCUCGGCCCUCGCUUUGUAGUUGUAGCUGUGCUCUCUCUCUCUCCUCUCUCUUCUCUCUCUCCCCAUCUUGGUUGGAGAGGAGAGCACAGCAGACCCACCGCCCAUACAUACAUACACGCGCUCCCCUCCCGUCUCUUCUCGGAGCGCCAACUCGCUUCUGCUGUCCUUGUUCACCAGCUGUGUACUUCUCUUGCAUGCCUGCCUGCGCUCGGUCACCGAGGGGAGUGCUGCUGCUCGUGUCGGCUGCCGUGACCGAGCCCGGUGAUGGCCGACGCUGACCGGAUGCGCCUGCGCGCCGCGGCGCUCUCGCUCCACGACGACGAGGGCGUCAGGGACAAGCCGGACCGGAAGGCGGACGUCUUCGCGGAUCUCGGCUCGCCGGUCUCGCCGCUGCGCCUGCGCCCGGCCGCGGGGACACCGUCGUCCUCGUCCUCGUCGGCCGGGUCCGCCAAGUCGCCGGCGCCGGGCAAUGCGGCUGCAGCGGCCGUGGGGAGGGGCGGCGCCCGGGGGAACCACUCGGGCGAGCUGGACGGCAGCAACCCGCCGCGCCCACCCGGCCACCGCCGCUCCGGAUCUGGCCCGCUGAUUUUCUCCGGCGGCAGCAGCAGCGCGGGGAGCGUCGGGGGGUGCGGCGGCGGCGGGAGCACCGCGAGCUCGCCACUCACCAAUGCGCUCCCCACCGGCAACAUCUGCCCGUCCGGCCGCGUCGCGGGGGCGGCUGCCGCGCCGCAGCCGCCGCGCGCUCGCCCGGUCGUGCUCGGAUCCGGCACGGGGCACUAUGGCCACGGCAGCAUCAUGCGCGGCGGCGGUGGAAGUGCCGGAGGAGCGACCCCCGCGAGAAGCAGCAUUGACGCGGCCCCACUCCACAGGAACUCCUCGAGGUCUCCGGCGAGCUGCCCGGCGCCGCCGCCGGCCAGCAGUGCUGGUCUUCAAGAAAUCACUCGCGCCGGGAACGAGCGGUACAAGAAGGGCCGCUACGGGGAGGCGCUGCAGCACUACGACCGUGCCGUGGCGCUAUGCCCGGACAGCGCCGCCUGCCGCGGCAACCGCGCCGCCGCGCUCAUCGGACUCGGCCGCCUGGCAGAAGCGUUCAGCGAGUGUGAGGAGGCCGUCCGUCUCGAUCCGGCGAGCGGCCGUGCGCGCGGCCGCCUGGCCGGCUUAUCUCUCCGGCUUGGGAUGGUUGACAAGGCAAGGAUGCACUUUACACUGGCUGGGAAUGUAAACCAGUCUGAUCAUGCUGAGUUGCAGAAGCUGCAUGAGGUGGAAAGCCAUCAGGGGAGAUGCAUGGAUGCAAGGAAAAUCGGAGAUUGGAAGAGCACACUACGGGAGGCUGAUGCGGCAAUUGCCAAUGGGGCUGACUCCUCUCAAUUGCUUCUUGCCUUGAGGUCAGAAGCACUUCUUCGGUUGCACAAGUUAGAGGAAGCUGAUUCAACUAUUACAAGUUUAUUGAAAUUGGACAAUGCAUCACUACCUUCGAUGCCAACCAAACUCUCAGGCAUGGCGGCUGAUUCUUACGUGCUUGUUGUCCAAGCCCAGGUCAACAUGGCAUUCGGAAGGUGCAGAUACCAAACAUUGAGAAUUCUAAUAACUUCUUUCCAUGGUUAUAGUUACACAAUUAUUGAAAUUUGUAUCUGCAGGUUUGAUUCAGCUGUUGCAUUAGCUGAGAAGGCUAGAGUUAUUGAUUGUGGAAACCCAGAGGUUGAAGUGAUCCUAAAUAACGUGAGAUUAGUUGCAAGGGCUCGAGCCCAGGGGAAUGAACUUUUUAAGGCUGGCAAGUUUGCUGAGGCAUCUAUAGCCUAUGGAGAAGGGCUCAAAUAUGAGCCCUCGAAUCCGGUACUGUACUGUAAUCGGGCAGCUUGCUGGUCGAAGUUAGGUCGGUGGGCGAAAGCUGUUGAGGACUGCAAUGAGGCCCUAAGAGUCCAACCUAACUACACAAAGGCUCUGUUAAGACGCGCAGCAUCCUAUGCAAAGCUUGAGCGUUGGGCUGAUUGUGUGCGAGACUAUGAGCUGCUGCGCAAGGAUCUUCCUGGUGACACAGAGGUUGAGGAGUCUUUAUUCCGUGCACAAGUCGCAUUGAAGACCACCCAUGGAGAGGAGGUGUCAAAUAUGAAGUUUGGAGGGGAGGUUGAGGCAGUUACCAGCUUAGAGCAACUCCGAGAUGCUAUCCAUUCACCUGGUGUAUCAGUUCUUUACUUCAUGGCAACAAUGAAUCAGCAAUGCGCACAGAUUACCCCGUCGGUGGACUCCCUUUGCUCCGAGUGCCCUUCAGUGAAUUUCCUGAAGGUAAAUGUUGAUGAGAGCCCUAUGGUAGCAAGAGCAGAGAAUGUGCGUGUAGUCCCAACCUUCAAGAUUUACAAGGAUGGGACAAGAGUGAAGGAGAUGAUCUGCCCUAGCUUACAGGUCUUGCGCUAUUCUGUGAGGCACUAUGCUGUCUCCAGCUCCUGAGGUCUGGUACUCAGUUCUUUGGUCCUGGUAGCAUCACCUGCCAAUAUUUCACCAACAAAUUGUUCCUAUAUAAUAUUGCAGCCUCCACAGCAUUUCACCAGCUCGGUAUAACCCUCUAUUAGGCAUGUUGAGCAAGCUUGGUAUACAAAGGAACCUCCUGUGCAUUUCCACCUUCCACGUGUUGCUAGUCCUUGGAUCAUUUAGGCUCUUCCUCUUGCAACUAUUUCUUCCCACCAUUUGACCCAGCUUAAGCAGUCCUUCCAUCUCAUGCAUCGCUUGGCUUUGUGCCUAAAUGACAAAUCCACUCCUGAAGAAAGGCUCCCUGUGAUGUUCCUUGGAUGCAUGUGGCUGUUAGAGAGGAGAAUAGAUGGCUGGCUGGCUUUCCAUUACAUGUACAUAUAGCAUAUAGCAAUACAUCAAACCCAUUGAUAGAUUGGUUUUCUGUGGAGAGAAGGCGGUACCAGAUUUGGGCAUUUGGCGGCGGAUGGAGAGUACAGGUGUAGUUGCCAUUGUAGAGAGAGGGAGGGGAUAGAUGAAGAAAAGAUAAAUGUGUUAUUGGUAUGUAGAGAGAUAAAAGAGGGUGGUGGCUGGUGUCGUUGAUGUCAUAUUUGCAUAGAUAUGCCUUUCUGGUGGUCUGUGGCGCUGAUACAUAUAUAUAGUUCAUGCUGACAUUGGUUUCUAUGAAUAAAAGAUAGCUCGACAUUCUUUCCCA